AUGAACCCCCCGUGGGCAGAUCCCUCGCUUAAUACGCUCCCUAAUGCGCUGAUUGAGAUGGUCUUAAUCAAUGUCCUCUGUUCAGACCCGCCCGCCACCCACACAGACCUCCACGCGCUCCGAACCCUGAUCACGAUGCCUGGGCACGCCAGAUUCGGCGGGGUCUGCAUAGCUCUCCUUGGCAAUAAACACUGGCACAACAAAAUAUGUAAGCUGCAGCAGCUUAAAGGAGAUUCAAAUGCAACCGCCCUUAACGAGAAUCCAAGUGCAUCCCGGGGCACGGAUGUCGACGCCGCCUCAGACUCUAUCUUUGCCAAAUGUUUUGCGUGCGUCGACUUUCUCUUGCAGACCAAGGCCAUUCUUCCGACCAUGUAUAUUAGCGGAGACCGCAGUCUCUUACUCUGCGCAAUGGCCACAUGUGACACGGAGAUAGAAGGCUUAUUCGUAGAUGCGCUCGAUGCUCAGUACCUCCGCAGGCCACUACUCGGAACUUCCGACCCAGAUGAAACAUACCUCGCGAUUAGAGCAGGCGAUCCUAUCCGCUUUCCACGUGCGUGGCAAAAGCUCGAAGCGGACACAACACUUGAUCUCAUCGGAUGGCUGAGACCCACGGACCUGUUCGAGAUAUGCAAGCACGCCACCCCUGAACUUAUGGACCGCCUCCUGACUCGGGGCAUCACGCUGGCUGACGUGGAUGAGGACGGCAGGGGGUGUUGGCACGCCCUUAUCGCGUACCAUCCGGACCCAGUAACCGUGGGUCCGUCACUUCUUUGCCACGACCCGGAUCCCUCACGCCCGGCACUACGAGAUGGAGAGACCCCGUUGAUGAUGGCGGUCCGCCUACGCCGCGUCGGGAUUGGAAAGUGGCUCGUGAAAUACAGCAACACUCGGGCAAAAAACCAUCAACAACAAACCGUGGCACAACAAGCCACCAAGCAACAUACCAGCGAUAGUGUUGAAAUAUUGGAGGAAAUCAUGCGUGCUACGCCGCUAGACUCACCCGCCGACAUUCAAUUCGCCCUCGGUGUCAUAAAGUGUCUUAUCCAGGAGCUUGGACGCCUUUGGUCAAAGGUCCCUCACGAUAUCUUCUUUGAGUGCCAUCAGGCUUGGGAGGACCAGGCGGUUCUGAUGACGGCUGUGCUUCGCGCGGGUAGUAAAUGGCAUUGGCUUCAGAACCAACUUAGCCGUGAAGCAGAGUUUGCGUCGCGGUGUGGAUUUCUGCGGGUGAAAGAGAUGCUUAAGCGGGCGGCUCGCGGUGAGAUGGCGGACGAUGAAAUCGCGGAAUAG